AUGUGCCGCACUACGUUCAACAUGGCCCCUCCCAAAAACCCAAAUACCACAAUCCUAAAGCUCGAUCACUUAGAAGGUAAAUACACCAUCUGGGAUAGGCCAGACUCAGAGGAUGCGGUUGAGGAGAUUACGGAUCAGACAGCAGAGGGCAAAGCUUUGUUUGAAUUCAUGGCUUGGCUCCGAUCUGUAAUGAUCAUAGCUCUGCGGUUUUCUAAUGAUUCGCCCAUCCCUAACCCUUCGAUAGGAUGGGACGAAUAUACAUCUGAGCCUUUUGACGCGUCCAAAUCAAUCAAGCAAGUCCUGGAUUCUGGGCAGCUUGCAGCAUUGCAGAGCCAUCUCUCAAACCCGCCAGAGGUCAUGAACAUCCCAUCUCGUCCUCCACUCGGGGAGGGGUUAGCAUGGCCAAGGUUUUCAUGCGAAUGGGUCACGUGGAGCAUGCCGUCCAAGCUGGACCCGACAUACCAUGAGAAAGCUGCUUCUCAAUUCGAUGCACUAGGCGACUCCAUCAAGAGCACUCAGAGCAUGCCGAGCGGUUCCAAACAACGUGAUUUGGCUGGCUCUUACCGAGGCUGGCUGUACAACGACGAAAGUGCGGCGCCUGUCUCGAUAGAACCGAGCGAGAAAACGCAUAUUUUCUGUUUCUUGUGGAGAAACUCAGAGGCUGAAAUGAAUUGCAAGAAUUACAAGGUGGAUAGAGAGCUAAGAGAGUCAUGGCAUGAAGAUUUCGCAGCGCUUGAGCAUGAAUGGGAAGCCAUGGGGAUGCGCAGCGAGAGCGUUCACCUUCAACUUGGAGACUUUGGUCAUCAGCUUCGAUGGCUCGAACAGCUGGCGAAGGUCCAAUCGAGGGACUUGACCGCGUCUGCUCGAAGUCAAGGAAUGGAAUGCGUGGUCUCUUAA